GGUUCGGUCCAUUUGGGGAGUAUUCUGUCAAUGCCAGCUGGAUCGCAGUUCAGAAUUAAAAAUGAAGGCAAGUGAAUCUUUUCACCAACUCUGAAGCCCAUAAGCAGCAGCAGCAGCAGCAGCAACAGCGUUCCUUGCUCUGGUCUUCUAAGGAGCUGGAGAAAAUGGGCCUCGGAGAAGAUGUGGAUCUACAUGUCUAUGAGAUUCCUGUUGAGUAUCAGGCUGUGCAGAGGCUCAUUCCCGCCUUGUGGAAGAAACACAGCCCACAACUUGUAGUUCACGUGGGACUGUCUGGCAUGGCCACAACGGUGACGUUAGAAAAAUGCGGCCACAACGUGGGAUACCGGGGUUUGGACAACUGCCACUUCUGUCCAGGUUCCGAAUGCUGCAUUGAAGGGGGCCCGGAAUGCAUCGAUUCGAUCAUCGACAUGGAUGCCGUGUGCAAGAGAGUCUCUGCAUUGGGACUGGAUGUCACCGUCACGAUAUCAGAGGACGCUGGGCGGUAUCUGUGUGACUUCACAUACUACACUUCCUUGUACCAGAGCCACGGGCGAUCUGCCUUUGUCCACGUGCCUCCCUUGGGAAAACCAUACAGCGCAGAACAGCUGGGCCGUGCACUCCAGGCCAUCAUAGAGGAAAUGCUCAAUGUCUUAGAACAAUCUGAGAGCAACAUCAACUGUCACAACGAACAUUGAACUCGGGCCAAAGUCCCCGCCUCUUUACUUUCCUCAUGGUUGCACUUCCAAAAACUUUUCUCCUGUUCUUACAGAAUCCCAGCUGGCAGGAUCCACCUAGAAGAUUGAGAGAACAGAAAUGGAUUCCUGACACUCUGAGGAGAUACAUUUUGGGAGAUCCUCCUUUGCUUCUCUUUCAAUUCCACCCAAACUAGCUCUCACUAGCUUCUUGGGGUCCCCAUGGUGUUCAGGUCCUGCAAAGAUUGUUAAAUGGAUUGAGAGGAUUUGCCAGUUAGGCAAUUGCUCCAGUUGUCCGAUGUGCUCCAGUUCAAUUUUGCAAGGUCUUUGUGUUUUCAGAAGGACAGUUUGAUGGUUCCACUCAACUCGUAGCAGUGCUUUCGGUUCAAAAAGUAGGACCCUUGCAGGAAGUGCUGUUCCCUUUACAGGAAGACGUAUUGUACAUUUACCCAGAAGCUUGGAAGUUUUUUUUUCUUCACUGUUUAAAACAGAUUCCUCCAAUUUAUAUGGUAGAGUUCUGCUCUUCAUGAGGAACGCUUGGGGAUGGAAAGAGAGGCGGGAACAUUUCCUUUAAUUGACACCUCAUGCCAAACCUGUUGGUGAUUCUUUAAAAAAAAAA